CCUGUGUCAUGGUAACAGCGUCAGAGACUGCUUGAGGUGGUCCUCAUCCCGCCCCGGCUGCAGAGGAGCAGCGGCUUCAGGCCAGGAUGUUGGUUCAACUGUGUCUGUACAUUUACUGCAAAUGUCUGUGGCGUUUUCUCAAAUUUUCCCUGAGAAAAAUAACAGGAAAAUGUGAGCUGCAGAGAAUCUGCUACAGCAGGAAGCCUGGAGCUCAAAGGACAUUGAAAAUAGAGGCAUCAUUAAAGUCCUCCAGGAGUGAACUACUCCAGUCUGCUGUGACCUCCCAUAUAGACGAUAUCGAGAAGACUGUUGAUAACAUCAUGCAACUGAAAAAAAUUAAUCCUGAUACCAAUCCACAGUUUGGGAUUUCUCUGCAAGCCUGUCUGCUACAGAUUGUAGGAUAUAGAAGACUGAUUGCAGAAGUGGAAAGACUCCGCAGAGAUCAGUAUGAUUCAGAAAAUCCACACCACGAGGAAAUGCUAUUGAAGCUGUGGACUUUCCUUCGCCCUGAUGUAACGUUGACUGGUCGAAUUAGCAAGCAAUGGUGUGAAAUAGGUUUCCAAGGUGAAGACCCAAAGACUGACUUCAGAGGAAUGGGGAUGUUGGGGUUAUGUAACUUGGUUUUUUUUGCAGAACAUGACAAUGCAACUGCACGGCAAGUUCUUUUUGAUUCUCAUCAGCCAAAGUACAGGGAGCUAACCAAAGAAGAUAUAAGCAAAAUAAAUACAAAAGAAUGGGAGAAGAAAAAGUUUGAUCAGGCGAUUGGGUUUUCCUUUGCUAUAGUGGGAAUUAAUAUCACUGACCUUUCAUAUACUCUACUAGUAAGUGGGGCAUUGAAAACCCAUUUGUAUAAUGUUGCCCCUGAAGCACCAUCACUUUUUCAUUUCCACAAAAUCUUCUGCUACUUGAUGCACCAAUUCCACAAAUUCUGGAUUGAAGAGGAUCCUCUUGACAUAAUGGAAUUUAAUCGUGUUCGAGAAAAGUUUCACAAACAGAUUAUAAAGCAACUUCGGAACCCAGAUAUGACUCUGUGCCCCCGUUUUGCAGCCUCAGAAAAUCUAAUGAAUCUAUAAAUCUUCAUUUUGCCAUAAGUCACAUCACUGCCUCACCUCUGUACUUGUGUGUGAACUGAUUUUAAGAAACUGAAGUUAAAUCACAGCCUUGAUCACAACCAGCAUAUUUGAUGACCAUGGUGACUGUAUGCAUGCUUUGUUUUAAAUAUAAUAGUUCUCUAUUUGGAGCAGUAAAAAGAACUAUACAUGCUGUACAUUCACAUGAACACUG